AUGGUCGUCUCCCGCCUCGUUUUCCAGCACCUGGGCUGGGGCGUCGCCGCGUCCGUCACGCCCGCCGUGAUGGGCGCGGCUGGCGCCGUCUUUUUCGGAGCGACGCUGCUGGGCGGCGGCGCGCUGGGGGCGCUGCUGCCGGAGCAGGCGGCCGCGGCGAUGGUCGGCGUGGGGUCUGUGGCCGGCAUCGUCACGCAGGCGCGUAGGCGGGCGGGCGGCUGCUCACAGGGGCGCGCGACGUAUGCCGCGGGGGGCCGCGUGUUUGCGCGCUCCGCCAAGUACAGCCUGUUCGACCCCGCCAAGGAGAUGGUCUACAUAGAGAUGGAGAAAGACGAGAAGCAGCGCGGCAAGGCGGCGGUGGAUCUGGUGGGAAGCCAGAUCGGCAAGAGCGGCGCGUCUUGGAUCACCCAGGCCUUCUUGCUGCUCUGCGGCUCCAUGGCCGGCGCUAUGCCCUUCACCGGCGCCGUCUUCCUGGUCGUCGUCGUCACCUGGAUCCAGGCCACGUUUGGCCUGCACCGCCAGAUGCAGGCGACCGAGGCGGCGCGCAUCGAGGCGGCCAAGGCGGCGCCCGACGCGCUCGCGAGUUAUGACGACAUGGAUUCGGCAGAGGGGGAGGCGGGCGCCGCCGCGAUCGUCGCGGCGAUCUCGGCGGCAAAUGGCGGCGCCGCGGCUGACGGCGGCGGCGGCGGGGUGAUUCUUGCGCCGCAGGCGGCUGCGGGCGCGGCGACGCCGGCGGAGGCGCUGCUGAACGGGGGCAAAAGCGGCGGCGGCGGCGGCGGCGGCGGCGGCGCGGGCGCGCUCGUGACGGCGGCGGCGGGCGCGUCGGCGCAGCCGUGA